UAGUGAGCAUUAUCGAUAUCUUCCACGUUCUCGAUAAUCGGAAACUAAACUGGCCUAGGGAAAUAAAAACAAAAAAUGGACGUUACGGUGUUAGCUUUUUUCGCUGUUUUAAUUAUUGCACUGAUUAUCGGCAUUACUGUAUUUUCCAAUAAAAAAGCAAAGAAAAACCAAACAAACGUAGCCGAAAGAGUUGCACCAGGUAGACCGAUAAGGCGAGCAAUUGGUCAAAGAGUUGGUAGACGUCGUAUGCAAGCGACUGCCAGUCAGCAAAUUGAGGAAAAUGACGAUGGAUCUGGAAACGAAGCUAAUGACGAAGCGGAUGAGAAACCAGCCACGCCUGAUUUCAAAAUUGGUGCGAAGAAAAGGGCCAAGUUGGCAGCCAAAUUGGAGAAAAGGGCACAAAGAGAAGUUGCUGAAAGGGAAAGAGAAGAACGUAAGAAAAGAGAACAACUUCUUCAAGAAGAAAGAGAUAAACAAUCUGAAAGAGAGAGGGCGGAAGAAUUAAGACAAGAGGAGGCAGAAAGGAAAGCCAGGGAGGAGAAAGAAAAGAAAGAAUACGAAGAAUAUUUAAAAAUGAAACAAGCGUUUAGCGUAGAAGAAGAGGGCUAUAGUAAUCAGUAUGACGAAGAAGAUGAAAAAAAUUUAUUAGAAGAAUUUAUUCUAUACGUUAAGCAAAACAAAGUAGUAAUUCUAGAAGAUUUGGCAGCGCACUUUGGUUUAAAAACAUCAAGCGUAGUAGAAAGAAUUCAGGAUCUGCAGGCGCAUGAAAAUUUGACUGGAGUUAUUGACGAUAGAGGGAAAUUUAUUUACAUACCUCAGGAGGAGCUGGAAGCUGUGGCAAAAUUUGUCAGACAACGUGGUAGAGUCAGCAUUACCGAACUAGCAGAAAAUUCAAAUCGUUUGAUUAACUUGAAUCCAGUAAGAGAAUCUACCAUACUGGAAGGUAGAUAGAUUAUGUGAAAUAAGAAUAAUAAUAAAAAUAGAAUUAUUAUAUACAGAGUAAAAAAUAUUAUAUUUAUGUUGUAUAAAUUAUAUAUUUGCUAUAAAUAACUCAUUUAAAUAUAAAAUGCAAUUUUUAUUAUCAUUUUUAUUAUAUACUUGAUAACGUAAUUUAACAUUGUUAAACCAGAAGGUGAUCGGAAAAUAGGUUUGAUACUUUCGACGAUUUCAGACACGCGUUAACGAUUUCUUUCUUGAGAUCUGUUAGAAAGAUAUUUAUUAACUACAGCUCGUAUUUACAUAUUAUUAAAAAUCGACUUGAAGCGGAAACAGCCGAAAUUUCCAAGCUUUUUUUCAUUGAUAUUCGCUUUCGAAAAGUUUCGGUGGUCUCAAAUCAACAAUCUGAUGACAUCAAGGAUCGAUGUUGCAUCAGAUUCUAGUUUUCACGUAGAUGCAAAUUGUUUGCGUUAUUUUUUAUUCUUCCCUGAAUGUAUAAUUUAUGUCGUCGAAAUGCGUGUUGACGACGAUUCUAUUUCUAAAUUGCACGGCGGUAGUUAAUCAUUAACUGGAAGAAUUAGAAGAAUUUUCCGUAAUUAAAUUUAUUCUUCGAGAACACCUCCAUCGAAGGUUCGAUACGUUGAUCAAUACGUUGAUUUUUUUUUUUGGCGAGAAAGGCGACUAGCGGCACUUUACAACCAGUAACGUAUCCUGUUCUUCAGCCUAAAGUUAGUUCAGCAGCUACGAGGCCUCGUCCAUCGAAUCUUUUUAGCUCCAAGAGCAACGUGCGAUUUGUUUCAAGACGAAUGAUAAUAGUUCCGUAUCUAUAAUGAUACGAAUAAUAAUAUUUCUCCGAUCAAAAAGAAUUAUCACCUUAAAACUGUAUGCUUCGAACGUACUUCCUUGAAUUUAUCCUACAUUAUGCAAUGAAAUAUUAUUUUCAUAAAAUUUAGGUAUUUUUUCUUACAAAAUAAUGGCAUCAUCUAGAAGCUAAAGAUAUCGUAAAUCGGAUUCACGGUCGCGUAUAAUUCAGGAAAAUUUUUCACAGUUUUUCCUGUAUGAAUAACAAUUUGAUCUCCAUUAAUUCAUGCACAUUGUCAACAAGCUUACUGGUAAUGUAAAAUACCGAUCUAUUAAAAAUUCUGCCAUUGAUGGUUCGAAGGAAUCGAGAUCGAUCCCCACUCGAUAUCAGAGCUGAAUAUGCGAAGAAGGGGACACUCGCAGGCUAUGUAAGAGGCGACAGAAUCGCCGGAGAACCUGCAGUCUUUCUGGCAACCUCGAAUUGACGUCCAUUUAAAAAUUCCUUGCUCAUUCAGCUCAUUGGAAAAAGAACAAAAAGAGCGAAUAACUAUCGAUCCGAGUGGACGCGAGGAAAGUUGGAAUCAACGGGAUUCGCAAAAGUAU